GCAGCGCAGUAAUGCGAACAAGCAGCAGCAGCAGACCGAAAAAUGGCUGAUUCCAAGAGAUCAACAACAACGACGUCGUCCACGAAUAACAGCGGCACUGGCGGCAGCGGCAGCAGCAGCAGCAAAUCUCGCAAAUCCAAGAACGACCUAAUCCGCAGCGCCGUCGGCAGUUAUCUCAAGCAGCGGAACUACAUCGUAAACGAUCGCUACCGAAAAUCGGAUCUAAUUCUAACGCAAUCCACCGAGCAAAUCGCAAUGAACACUGCCAUCGAAAACGAGAUAUCUAAGGCGAACAGUUUCCUGUUCUCGAACAUCUUCUGCCUGAACAACAAUCCUGCCCAGGUGGAUCAGCACUUUGUCAAAUUGUGUAACUUUAUCAAAUGCCAAGUGGAGCCGGUCCGGCAAGAGCUAUCCGAGCUGGUAAAUCCUCUUCUCUGUCAUCUGUACAUCGAGAUGCUGAAGGGGCGCGACUGGCGUCCGGCAAUUCUUUUCCUCCGGAAGCAUGCCUCCCUGGUAGGGAAGAUCGAACCAAGCUCCGUUCCUCCGAGCAACUCUCCACUGAUUAUGAAUCAGAAAAUCAACGGCACCGUUGAGGAGCAGCAAGCAUCCGGGAUUCCCGCUUCAACCGUGCAAAAUUCAGUCAUUAUUUUCUCCCCCACCAUGCAAGGUACACCUGAACCCACCCAGAACGCCAGUCCCAAGCUGGAAACGUUCAAGCAACUCAUUAACAAACUAUCGCAAAUCACCCGGAUCCAGGAUCUGGAAAAUAAUCCCCUGACGCUUCAGUUUCGAUCCUGCCAGUACGAAAUGCGACUUGGAUCUCCUUCGAUUGCAGCCCUACGACGAUAUCUGGCCAAAUAUGGCCACUCGUUGAUACUGCAGAUCCUCCGGAAUUGGUUCUAUUUCGAGACCAUCGAUGAUAAGGACUUUGUGGACUACAGUCCGGUGCUGGCAUCGCCCAAAGUUCAUAAAAAGCCACGAUUAGUCGGGACUUCCAAUGGAAUGGAUCUGCUGAAUGGUCUUCCAAUGGAGGUGGAUGCGCUGGAUGUCACGCCAGAGCCGGAAUAUGAUUUUUCCGAACACUCGGAGGCGGAAAAUAUGAAAUUUAUCCUGCGGAACGGCUUCAGCAGCGAGUACAUCCGGUACAAAGUUCGUGAGCUGAAUGGAGGCUUCGACGGGGGAGGAACCACGAUGGAUAUGGACGACGAUGACGAUGAAGAUGAUUCGGCAUAUCUGCCAGCCCUGGAGGACAUCCCACCUAGUGUUAAGGCGGAAGUAUUCCCGGAUGGCGAUCAACAGCAGCAGCAGCUACAGGAUGACAUAUCCGGCAUGUUUCGGAGGAUAACGGCAGCGGAACGGUUACGAAAGCUGCGGGAGUGUACGGAGAAACUGAACCGAUUCCAGUCGCCGCUUUGCAUCUACCAGGUGGAGAAUGUGGACGAUCGAUUGACAGCGGUGGCGAUCGAUGAGGACAGUUGCCAUUUGGCCAGUGGAUUCGAGGACGCUUCAAUCAUCCUGUGGUCGGUCAAUCGGAGCACUCAAAUCGGACGGAAACCGUACGCCGGACUGCGCGAUCGACGGUGCUGUUGGAAUGUGACUUGCUGUGAUAGUAGUUUUAGCGAGGACGAAGACGAGGAGGAGGAGAAGGAAGAUGGCGAAGGGAAAGGCGAUCUGCGUGGCGGCAAAGAACGGGAGUACGACGAUCCGGGAGAGCGCUCCGGGUUGCGAAAUCUGUUCCGGGUCAAGACGAAAGCGGAGGUGGAUCGGUUGAACAAGCUACUGCCCGUGUACAGCCGAAGGCAGGGCAAACGGGAACGCUGGAAGCAGUUUAUGGAUCGGAAGUGCAGUGAAAAUGUGUUCAGCGAAACCGGCGGAGUCACGCUGCGCGGCCACUCGAAUGCCAUCACCGAUCUCCUAUUCUCGAACCACGCUCCGCUGCUGAUGAGCGUCUCGCGGGAUCUCACGAUGCGCGCAUGGCAGGCCACAGACUACACCUGUCGAGCGGUGUACCGAGGCCACAAUCAUCCGAUCUGGACCGUGGCGGAAAGUCCGACCGGAAUGUACCUGGCGACCGGUUCGCGAGAUACGACGGCCCGGCUCUGGUCCACGGAUCGUGAGUUUCCGCUGCAGAUCUACGUUGGCCAUACGCAGGACGUGGACACGGUGGCGUUCCAUCCCAAUGGGAACUACUUGGCCACCGGGUCGACGGAUUUGACCGUCCGUUUGUGGUGUGCCACCAGUGGUAAACUGUUUCGGAUCUUCACCGACUGCCGACAACCGGUACAUCGGAUCUGCUUCAGUCCGGAUGGGAAAUAUUUGGCCGCUGCCGGCGAAGAAAAUCGCGUUCGGAUCUUCGAUCUCGCCGCGGGCUCCCAGCUGACCGAGCUGCGUGACCACACGUCCGGAGUAACCUACGUCACGUGGAGUUCCGACAGUCGGCACUUCGUGUCGGCCGGUGCCGACGGAACGGUCCGAAUAUGGGAUGCCGUCAAGAUGGUUUCGUCGUCUUCCUCGUCGUCGUCAUCUUCCAGCAGUUCUUCCGUUAGCAAUCAGCAGCAGCAAAAUUCAAUCAGUAGUCCAAGCAGUGGCGCUGCUGCUGCUGCUGCUACACUGACAAACAAUGGCACCGCCAGUGUUGCCAACCACUCUCAGAAGACCAGUUCCUCGUCGCAGCAGUCGUCGUCCUCCUCAAGCAAUACAACUAACAAUCUCUUGCUCGCCUACUCGACGGGCUGCCGGCGGAUCUACCGGUUGCACUACAAUCAACUCAGCGGAAGUCUCAGCUGUAUCGGUAACAGCUAAGAACAACUACAAUUACCUUCUUCAUCCCAACAACGCAGCGUUAAGUAUUAUUUAUUCUCUUUACCUUCAGCUAUCUUUCUUCUAUUCUUGUUUCCUCAAGGAAAAAAAAAUGCCUCUCGUUACCCUGAUGGAAUGAUAUACUCAGAGAGUGUUUCGUUGCUCCCUUUAAUAAUAUGUGUAGAAAGAGAAAGAGAUACAGAGAGAAUUAGUCCGAAUUUUUGUUUGUUUAAGAGCCUCUGUUGUUGUAAGUUAGUGUUUAAGCUACAAAAGUAAUAAAAGCCAAUAAUGAUGUCCUACUUAGCUAGAGAGAGAGAGUGAUAGCAAUUUGAUUGAUCGCGACAACGCACGCCCUAGGGUAUGCAAAUAUCUUGAAUAAGUUUGAAAAUCAUGAUUGUGAAACAAUGGGCUGAGUAAAAACUACUUACUUGCGCAAAGUUA